GAAGAUUGUUCAUCCUUACUCUCUGACUGUAUAAUAGCGGAAUUUCUUACCUGAUACAUACCCUUUCUUCCCUCCACCUCCUCUUCCUUUUUCCUACAUCAUCCUCUUCUUUCUUACCAUUAUACAACACAAUUCCCUCUUCCUUCUUCUCUUCAGUCUCAUAAAGUACAGCACUCCAUAGGAAAAGACUGCUCCGAUCUCCGCAUCGCCGUCUGAGUCGCCUACCACCGCCGUUCUUCCCCGGCCUUGAAGGUCGAGUCAUCUUCGCCGUACCUCUACCACCCACAUCAAUUACAAUGUCUGGAUCUCCUCCAGAGGACUCCAGGGGCAAGGCCUUCGCUGGUGGAAAGGUCCUUGACAUCGAUGGUCACAAUCUGCCACCUUCUCCGGCACCCAGCACUCCCCGCAAUGGCAGGAAAUAUAACCUCAUGACCGAGCUGGUGUACACCGAGAGCACCGAUCAGUACAAUGCUAGCAGUGUUCCUAUUUAUCAGUCUGCAACCUUCAAGCAAGAUUCUGCAUCCGGUGGCGGUCAAGAAUAUGACUACACACGAUCCGGCAACCCUACACGCACACACCUCGAACGUCACCUCGCAAAGAUCAUGAACGCGAACCGCGCGCUCGCCGUAUCGUCGGGUAUGGGUGCCCUUGACGUCAUCACGCGACUCCUACGACCCGGAGACGAAGUCGUGACCGGAGACGACUUGUACGGAGGAACAAACAGACUCUUGAAAUAUCUCUCUACACAUGGCGGAAUCGUUGUACACCACGUUGAUACCACCAACCCAGAGACGGUGCAAGCGGCUGUCAACAACAAGACUGCAAUGGUCCUUCUGGAAACUCCCACGAACCCGCUCAUCAAGAUCGUGGAUAUCUCUACCAUUGCAGCUGCAGCUCACGCAGCGAACCCUACCGCCGUAGUUGCUGUCGACAACACCAUGCUUUCUCCCAUGCUUCUGAACCCCCUCGAUCUCGGGGCUGAUAUCGUCUACGAAUCCGGUACUAAGUACUUGUCGGGCCACCACGACUUGAUGGCUGGUGUCAUCGCUAUCAAUGACACUGCCCUCGGGGAGAAACUAUUCUUCACAAUCAACGCUUCGGGUUGCGGUCUCUCGCCAUUUGAUUCUUGGCUACUUCUCCGUGGUGUAAAGACGCUUGGUGUUCGCAUGGAGAAGCAGCAAGCCAAUGCCAUGCGCGUGGCUACGUUCCUUGAGUCUCACGGUUUCAAGGUCCGAUAUCCUGGGCUGAAGUCUCAUCCCCAGUAUGAUCUGCAUUGGAGUAUGGCCCGCGGUGCUGGCGCCGUUCUCGCCUUCGAAACUGGUGACGUUCAUGUUUCGGAGAGAAUCGUCGAGUCCGCGAGGUUGUGGGCCAUCUCCGUCAGCUUCGGAUGUGUGAACUCAUUGAUCAGCAUGCCCUGCCGCAUGAGCCACGCGUCCAUUGACGAGAAGACCAGGCGGGAGCGCAAUAUGCCUGAGGACAUCAUCAGGCUAUGCGUUGGCAUUGAAGAUGCUGACGAUUUGGUAGAUGAUCUUAGCCGCGCUCUUGUUCAAGCCGGUGCCGUCAAUAUCACCACCGAUGGAUUCCGUGCCCUUGGCUCGGGAAAUACCGUCGGAGAUGCGUCCUCCAGCGAGUCCUCAUAGGAUCCGCAUUGGAAUCCGCAGCCAUGUUCUCAUGAAAGGCCCUCUGUCCUUCCCGCUACUAUCUUCAUCCCCGCUAUCCAUCAUCCCCGCCCCAAAGUCACCUCUGCCACGUUUUGUAUAAAACUGGUAACGUGAUACAUCAUGUCCUGUUAUUUUUACAUUGAAAUGUCAGUGUAAAAAGAUCUGAGCCGUUCCCUUCAUCACCCUCUCUGACCAAGUCACCUCUGUUGUUAUCUCUCGCGGGGCCCCCUUCACGAGUUCUAACAUUAACGUGAUACCACCAUUUUUUGGAUUAUCUUCUUUCGGUGCUGCAUCCGUAGCUAGGAGUUGUGCAUAUAGUUUCUGUCUCCCUCGGCUGCCUUGGACAACAUAUCGAAAAAAAAGCUAGACAAAAAUAAUUCCUUAUAUCCAAGAAAUAUAA